CAGUCAGUCAGUCAGUGUGUAUGUACAUGGGCAAACAUGGCACCAUGGCGUCUUCUCCCGGGCCCAUCUAUCGGUUGCAUCCAUUGUUUCCGGCAUUGGCAGAUGCGUCCAAGUCCGAUGACAGGCUACUCUAGACAUGCCGAGCGAACGCGGGCCUGGUUUGGGAGAGAUGAGGUUGUGCGGAGGAGGAUGCGGGCAUGGCGUUCGUUCAAUGUUCGUUUCAAGCCCCCUGUUGGAUGGAUGGAUGGACGGAUGGAUCGAGUGGCCGCGGUGGCGCAACUUGCGGAAGCUAUGCGAGAUACAGAACGACGAUCGAGCACAGGCUCCCUCAACCAGCCCUCCCUGGUCUGGUCUUGUCUUGUCUUGUAUGUGCUUCUUGUUCAAUUGCAUGUUUGGUGGGCCUAUGCAAGUUUUGAUGAUAUCUACCAAUCGUCCCGUUUUUCUCUCUAUAUUUCUCUCUCUCUCCCUCGCUCAGUCUCCCUUCCCGUUCGCUCGUAUACAGUCGACGUGCACACAGACAAACAAAACAGCAAACAUGUCAACAGGUGCAGGGCAGGCACCAAGUCCGACAUUUGCCGGCCGCUCUACGGCAGCUUACCCUGA